AUGGAAGCCAUUAUGGAAUUGUUGGAUGUUCGCUCUGGUGGUGUACGUUUUGUUGGUAUCCAUGGCAUGGGUGGUGUUGGAAAAACAACUCUUGCCAAAGUCAUGUUCAACAAAUUAAUUUCCCACUUUGAACGCUCUAGUUUCCUUGAAGAUGUUCGAGCAUCAUCACAAUCUCAUGGUGGUCUCUUAGAAUUGCAGAAAAAGCUCUUAUCAGAUUUGACCGGUCAUGGGAUUGCUAACAAAAUUAAAGAUGGUGAUGAUGGAAUCAAUAUGAUAAAAAAAGCAUUGAGUAACAAAGAAGUACUUAUUGUACUUGAUGAUCUAGACAAGAAAGAGCAACUCAAAAAUUUAGCCGGAAAAUCUGAUUGGUUUUGUUUUGGUAGCAGAAUCAUUAUCACAACUAGAGAUGAAAGCGUCCUGAUGGCUCAAGGGGGCGUAUUUAGUAAAGAGGUCCUGAACCAACCUGAAGGUAUCUUGCGUUAUGAAGUUUGUGGAAUGAGAUUUGAUUUAGCACUUCAUUUGUUUUAUAAGCAUGCAUUUAGAAGUGACUCCGCUCCGGAAGAAUAUGGUGCUCUCUCAACAGAAAUUGUUCGUACAAGUGGGCAUGCUUCCCUUGGCCGUCAUGGUGAUAGGGUCCAAUCUUUUGACUGGGGCAAAGAUUUGGAGCAUUCAGAUAAAAGAGAAGUAUGGGACGAGACACUAAAGAAGUUAAAGGAAGGUCCUUUUAAGGAUGUCCAAGAUACAUUAAUGAUAAGUUAUGAAAGAUUAGAGGAUAAGCACCAAGAAAUAUUUUUGGAUAUUGCUUGCUUUUUCAUCACUACCGACAAAACAUAUCCGGUUAUCAUGUGGAAGGAUUGUGGAUACUUUCCCAGCAUUGCAAUGAGGGUUCUAUCUCAAAGGUCCUUUAUCAAAAUUAAAGAGGACAAUAGAUUUUGGAUGCAUGAUCAAGUUCGAGACUUUGGAAGGUACAUUGUUCUUCAAAUAUAUCCUCGCAAGUUUUGUAGGGUGUGGAUUCCCAAGGAUGCCCUGAAACUACUGGAAGGAGAAAAAGACCUUUCAAGAAGCAAUAUCGAAGAUGACUGGGGUGGAUGGAGUCAAAUGCAGAACGAAGAUAAAGGAGUUUCCCAUACUAUUGGAGGACUGGAGAUGCUUGAAGUUUUAGAUGCCCACAAAGCCUGGGAUCUGACAGAUAAGAACUUGGAGGAAAUUGGGAAGCUAUUUCAUUUGAAGACAUUGAUCUUAGCAUUUACUAGUGUUUCUAGACUGCCUCCAGAGAUAAGUCGUCUCCAUCUCCAAAAACUUGAUGUAGGUUCAAUUGACCUUCAACAAGUGCCGUCUCUUCCAUCAAGUUUGAAAUUCCUUGUGGUUCAAGCUAUGGACUUCUCUGUUGUCCCUCACCCCUCAAGCAUCACCGAUUUAGAACAACUGGAAUUAUAUAGAUUCAGCAAUUUGAGACGUAGACAUCACUCUACUAGGCGGGACUAUGACUCAAAACUUAAAGCAGCUUUGAUGAGGGAGCAACCGUGCUAUCAGCUUCCAUCUCAUUUGUCGGACUUGAAACUCAAAAGCAUUAGUCCACUGCCACAUUUUUCCAACUUAUUAAAUUUGAGAGUUCUGCAUGUAAUUGAAUGUCCAAUAUCACGCCUGCCGGUCACACUAGGUCUAAUACAUCUGAGGAAACUGUACAUAAUAAGAUGUGAAUGCCUUGAGGAAAUACCUGGUCUGUCACUCUUGAGAAGUCUGGAGCGCUUGGAACUAAAGGGCUUGAACAGGCUAGUUGAGAUUCAAGGUUUGUCGGAACUGGAAAAUUUGCAGUACCUCCUCCUUUCCAGUUGUGAUUUAAUAGGACAGUUACCCAAUUUAUCCAAGUUGGGUAGCUACAACAUCUAG